GAGGGGAUAACGAAGAGUGGCGCAGUGGCCAUCGAGACUCGAGAGGGAGUGGCAGACGCGAGGUUGCAAGGAGAUGGCGGACGGCAAGGGAAGGGAGAAUUCGGCCGUGGCAUUGAAGACCUCGCCGUCAGUGCCGAUGGCUCGGGGAUUGCGCGGCGGUAGUAACCCUCUGGAGGAGUGGAGCGGCCGCGUAAAAGCGAUUGAGGCCGGGUUCCGUGCGUGGAUGGCGAAGCAGCCCAUCCACAUCGAGGCCGCGGUGUCCACGGCCGUUGGGGCGGUGCAGGGCGGGGCUCUGGGUGGGCUCAUGGGCUCGCUCACAGCCGACGGAGGGUCGCCGUUCCCCAUCCCGCAGCCGCCGUCCAACGCCAACUCGGAUGCCAUGGCGUCGUUCAAGCAGGCCCAGGCUCUAGCUGCUGGACCCUUGGUGCAAGCCCGAAACUUUGCAGUCAUGACUGGCGCAAAUGCAGGCAUAUCUUGUGUCAUGAGAAGGCUACGAGGACAAGAGGACAUCCAGGGCAGCAUGACAGCUGCUUUUGGUUCUGGUGCUCUUUUCUCCAUAGUGAGCGGAAUGGGAACUCCUAAUCCAGUUUUAAAUGCAAUUACAACUGGUGUUGCUUUUGCAGUAUUUCAAGGUGGCUUUUUCAUGAUUGGGCAGAAAUUCUCAAAGCCAUCAAGUGAAGAUACAUACUACUCUCUGACAAGAAGCAUGCUGCACAAACUGGGUCUUGAAAAAUAUGAAAAGAAUUUCAGGAAGGGUCUCCUCAACGAUCAAACAUUACCACUCCUUACGGACAGUGCUCUGAGAGAUGUGAAGAUCCCUCCUGGACCCAGACUUCUCAUUCUCGACCAAAUUAAAAGGGACCCUGGCCUGGUUCGAGCAAAGUGAAGUCACAAUUGUCAACAAUUGGUCCUUUCUGAGCUGCAUAGGGUUUGAAAGCAAUGCCACCUCUUUUUUUUAAAUAAGCUUUCUAGGAAAGUAAGCAAUAAUUUAGCUGUGCUGUUGUUAAUUGUUUUUGGCCGAUCAAUUUGCAUCACUCAUUAAAUUUUGAACAUGUGUUUACAUGCAUCUUAUUCAAAUUUAAAUUGGCAUUCCGAACGAUAUGCAAA